GGGGCGGGGCCGAGGGACCAGGAGGCCGCUCCGGGCCGGAGGGCGGCCGGGGCGGUGACGUCACCGCAUGACUGGGUUUUUAUGAAUGAAAGGAAUCCUGUGAGUGAGUAAUUCCGGGAAGCUCGCCUUACAACUCCGCGCGGCCUCGGCCCCCUGAGCCGCCCGCCCCACAACAAAACUCUGCGCAGCGCUCCCGGGCGCCCGGUUCAGAGCGACCUGCGGCUCAGAACGGAGGGGAGACGGACCAGAGCGCGGGCCGGGACAGCGGCCGGGACAGCGGAGAGACGCGCGCGUGCGAGAGCGCCGGGCCAGGCGGGCCCAGAGGCGGGUCUGCAGCCCAGAGGGCACCUCCUGCAAACAUGUCUGUGGAUCCCUUAUCCAGCAAAGCUCUGAAGAUCAAGCGCGAGCUGAGCGAGAACACGCCACACCUCUCGGACGAGGCGCUUAUGGGGCUGUCGGUGCGCGAGCUGAACCGGCACCUGCGCGGGCUCUCGGCCGAGGAGGUGACACGGCUCAAGCAGCGGCGCCGCACACUCAAAAACCGCGGCUAUGCCGCCAGCUGCCGCGUGAAGCGCGUGUGCCAGAAGGAGGAGCUGCAGAAGCAGAAGUCAGAGCUGGAGCGCGAGGUGGACAAGCUGGCACGAGAGAACGCCGCCAUGCGCCUGGAGCUCGACGCGCUGCGCGGCAAGUGCGAGGCGCUGCAGGGCUUCGCGCGCUCAGUGGCCGCCGCCCGCGGGACCGCCACGCUCGUGGCGCCAGCCAGCGUCAUCACUAUCGUUAAGUCCAACCCGGGAUCGGGGUCUGGUCCCGCCCCCGGUCCGGACCCCGUUCCCGGCCCGGCCUCCUGCUCCUAGUGCCUGCCCCUUCCACCUCCCCAGCCACGCCCCUCCCGCCCCAGCUCCCUCCCCAAAGUGCCUGAGUGCCGGCUCUGUGCCCAGGUCCCAUUUCUCUGUAGCACCGGCCCCUUGGUGCACACACAUUCCCUCCCUGGGCCCUGUCUUCCUCUUGCAGCCCCCAAAACUGGGACCGAAUGGCCCUGGGAAGGGGAACUUUGGUAGGUUGGGGAUGGGGCAGAGCUCGGGAUCUGGGAUCGCCCUUGGCUGAAAGUUUAGCCGUUUUAGAUUGAGAGACACGGAGCCGGCUUAGAGAACAGCUGUUGGGGGAAAAAGGGCACCCCUUAUCUUGGAAACUGCUUUGGUUGUGCCAGUAUGCUCUCCAAACCCUCCCAGGAUUCCAAGCUAGAUUUGGCUGUCUGUGACUUGUGGGGCCCUCCUGGUGAGAAAUUGCACUGAAGAGAUGCCCCCACCUCUGCUUUGGGCCUGGCCUUCCAAAACUAAAAGAGUGGGUAGGAAGUCUAGUAAAACCCAGUUCGCAGAUGGCCCGAGGUCAUAUAUCACUUAGCGAUUGUGCCGGGACCAAAACCUGGGUUUCCUUACUGCUGCCCUAAGAUUCCAGCCAUGGUUUUCAGGGGGACAGAGGGCAGGGACUCAGAAAGGUGAUGGGAGGGCCUCCCUGGCCUGGGAGACCUCUCUCUGCAAGAGAGGGGGAGAGAAGCAGAGGGAGAGAGAAGGUGACAGGGAUGGAAGAGUGGGAAGGAGCUGGCCUGGCUCAGCCCAAGGCUCUCCCUGCAGCCAGGAUGUCAGGGGCUGGUCAGACAGAGUAAAGGCGCCAUGGACUGCUGUGGCAAGUGGGGAGGCAAGAGUGGGGUCCUUAGAAGAAGGGUCCCAGCUUGACCCGUCAGUGCCCACUGUGGGGUGGGGGCUGACCCCUGCCUUUGAUUGUCACCCUCCUGGGAACCCCAACCUUAGUCCCUCCCCCCGCACUGUCCACACUGCCCCUCCCCACUGUUUAUUUAUUGCACGGAUCUAAGUUAUUCUCCCCAGCCAGAGCCUGAGCUCCUGCUCCCUGGGAAAAGUGGCAUAUGGGCUGGACUUUAUAUUUUAUAUCUGCAAUAAAUCACAUUUUAUCUUAUAUUUAGGGAAAGCCGGAUAGCAGCAAAAAAAAUGUUUAAGCCGGGCUCGGUGGCUCAUGCCUGCCCAGAACCUUGGGAGGCCAUGGAGGGUGGAUCGCUUGAGUCCAGGAGUUUGAGACCAGCCUGGACAACAUGGUGAAACCCCGCCUCUACAAAAAAUACAAAAAUUAGCUAGGCGUGGUGGCUCACGCCUGUAGUUCCAGCUACUUGGGAGGCUGAGGCAGGAGGAGCGCUUAAGCCCAGAAGGCAGAGGUAGUAGUGAGCUAAGAUUGCACCACUGCACUCCAGCCUGGGCAACACAGCAAAACCCUGUCUUUAAAAAAAAAAAAAAAGUUAAAAAAAAAUUGCCCGGCUCCUAGAAUUUAUUUAUUUCCUGACUUACAGCAAGCGAGUUAUCGCCUUCUGUAUUUUGUAGACUUUCUAAAUAAAGUCUAAUUCCUUUUCCACAGAGAA